CAUGCUGACUCUAGGACCAAGAAAUCAAAGCAGCCAGGGAAAAGGCGAUCCGCACUGAAGAGGUCGAGCAAAACAAGUCUCUGGAGAGAGAAUUGUUCCAAUUCGGCAAAGACGACCCUGCGCCACCGCAGCGUCCUGUCGUACCUCCGCUGCCUCCGCUCCCGAGAGGAUAUCGUGCACCUUAUCAACAAUUUCCUCAGUGGCAGAACCUCCCAGUGGAAGAUGCGCGUCAUGACCAGCAAAUCGCGCGCGAAGUUGUUAGGCUUGCCCAGAUGCGCGAUCUCGCAGGAGUUCCUGCACCCGGCAUAUAUGACCAAGUGCCCCAAGUCGUGCGUGCUGCACCACCCAAAAAGAAACGGAGGCUUGAUCCAAAUGAUAAACGACCGUACGGUAUCCUGGCGCCACCAGGCGUCACUGCACAUGUAGCGAAGGCUGGACCGCUCGCUGCAGACGUACGAGCAGUGCCUCCAGCUGCUGCCAAACAAGAAGCAGCUCCAUCUGCUCCUCAUGUCCAAACUGCUGUUCCGCCUGUCGAGCCUCGCGCAGAUGCGCCCAUACCCGGGAUCUCAUUAUCGAAGGCUUCUCCGCAAAGAAAGCCGACCGAGCAACCUACAAACCCAAACCCACCGGCACCAGGACCUAUUGUGGUGAACGUGGCGUCGAAAGAGCUUGGCAAGGAAAAGAAUGCUGUCCUACUACAAGGGACCAGAGCAUUCAAAGCUGUGACUAGAGCAAAGCCAUUGGCAGACUGUGUGUAUACAGGCACCUCGGCGUACAUCACCAUUCCAGAUGAGCCUAUCGAUCUGACAAAGAAAGUGGAUCCCUGCACUUCUGGAUCAAGCAGCGUCGUCAGGAUGCAAGUUGAGAGCCUCGAGCGUCACAAACCGUCGACAUCAGCAGAACGACCCAGUGCCGAAUCGCUUUUGACUAUUCAGCCGCUUCCAAAGUACCCUACUAAACAAUUUUUGCGGACAAGGCAUGCUGAAAAUCGUCUCGCUGGACGAACGAAGAUUGAGCCUGUCCUGCUCGCCGAUUCAACAACGGCAUCUCCUAGCUGUCUAGGCAAAGCCAUCUCCUCACCUCCACCGCCACGAUCGUCACCUGCUCUCGUGAUGUACACUAGGGAUGAGCAUGAGGAACUCAUUAAUCAGCCCCUUCCGCGACUCAAAGUCAACAAAUUUAACAAUCGAAGAGCCAUGCCACCGCAUCAUCAACCUACAAAUGAGAUUGGCGACUGUAUUGCAAAGGCGCGCGAUCCAGCCAAGACCCUGGCUAUGGCACAUGCUGCGCUUCGUUCCGAGAACGAUAUGGAUCUCCCGCGCCGAGAGGUAUACAGGGAGCCUAAAACUCGUUUGGUAUAUCCAGAUUGAAGUAGUCUGUCUAUAGCCUAUAGGGUAUCGGUUCCCCGAGGUCUGAGUUGCCAUCUGAAGUAUUCGAAUAUCGACGACAUCUUGGCUGCUGGUCGCUUUUCGCUUGUUCGAGACAUGGCAGCUCCAGCUUCGAAAGAAUUGAAUGUAGAGCCUUCUGAAACUACAAAGCGGAAUCGUCGCUUGCAGUACCUUCGCUCCACGCCUGAAUACUUCAGCACUUUGCAUGAACUAGCUGAUGAUUUUGCGAAUCCAAUGUAUAUACUUCUCAGUACAUCCUACCUUGACUGACGCGUACAGCGCUCAAGAGGCUGAUGACCCGAUAGGUGGCCCUAUAUCGAAGCACCUUCUUGCAUUUUACGACGCAGA